AUGAUGAACGGGUGGGACGAGAAGCACCAUCUUGACGAUGAUUCCUUUGGGGCAAAGGGGAACAUUGUCAGCGCAUUUGACGCCUUUCCUAAGGCGAAACCGCAAUAUGUCACGCGAACCUCGGGAGGCGGCAAGUGGACUGUUGCCAUGACAGUCAUAUCAGUCUUUCUCUUCUGGACCGAAGUCGGCCGCUGGUGGCGCGGCUCUGAGACCCAUACUUUCGCCGUCGAGAAGGGCAUCGGACACGAGAUGCAAAUCAACUUGGACAUUGUCGUGCGCAUGCACUGUGAUGAUCUCCACAUCAACGUACAGGAUGCAGCGGGUGAUCGCAUCCUCGCGGGCAGCAUGCUCAAGCGCGACAAGACGAACUGGUCGCAGUGGGUGGACAGCAAGGGGAUUCAUCGUCUGGGAAGAGAUAGCAAAGGCAAGAUCGUAACGGGCGCCGGAUGGCAGGAAGAAGAAGGCUUCGGCGAAGAACACGUUCACGACAUUGUCUCUCUCGGAAAGAAGAAGGCCAAGUGGGGGAAAACUCCGAGACUCUGGGGCGACGGCGACAGUUGCCGCGUCUACGGCAAUUUGGACGUGAACAGAGUGCAGGGCGAUUUCCACAUUACGGCCAGAGGCCAUGGAUACAUGGAGUUCGGGGAGCAUCUCGAUCAUGCUGCCUUCAACUUCUCCCACAUCGUCUCGGAGCUGUCCUUCGGACCUUUUUACCCCUCGUUGGUUAACCCCCUGGACCGCACUGUCAAUCUUGCCAGGAUCAACUUCCACAAGUUCCAGUACUACUUGUCUAUCGUCCCCACCGUCUACACUGUCGGCAAGUCGGCCUCGUCAUCCAACACGAUUUUCACGAACCAGUACGCCGUCACGGAACAGAGCAAAGAGACCGAUGACCACAACAUCCCUGGCAUUUUCUUCAAGUACGAUAUCGAGCCGAUUUUGCUGUCGGUCGAGGAGUCGAGAGACGGGUUCCUGCAGUUCCUCAUGAAGAUUGUGAAUGUUGUUAGUGGUGUUCUCGUUGCCGGUCACUGGGGUUAUACUCUUACUGAGUGGUACAAGGAGGUCAUGGGCCGGCGGAGAAGAGAGAAGAACGAGGGCUUCAUCGGCUCCAAGAAUUCGGAGUACGACCAGUAG